CCAGGUAACAUAGGUUCCCCCUCCGAAGCGUCGACUUUCACUGAGAUUCUGAGAACUUGAGAGGAGAACAAACACCAUGAACUUGCUGCACAAAACCUUGCCCAGAACGUUCAAAUCAACCACCUUCUUCCCCUCAAUUCCCUCCAUUCGUCACAACACGUUUUCUCUCUCCUCCCCAUACUCCACAAAACUCCCCUCUAAUGAUCUAUACAAUGCUACGGAGAAGAAGAAAUUGGCGAGGCCAAGUGAAAUUCGGUUCCAACCAAAGGUAGCUAAUUUGGUCAAUCUUGUUGGUACUGUAACAAUGCCCGUUAAAUUCCGCACUUCUGUUGAUGGAAAAUCGUGGGCUUCCACUCUUAUUUCUCACCAACGCCCGCCUUUCUUUAAUCAGACUUCUCUAUGGAUUCGUAUAAUAUUUGAAGGUGACUUGGCUGUCACUGCUGCUACCCAUCUGAAGGAAAAGGAUACUGUACACGUAACCGGACACUUGAGUUCAGAUUUCUUGCCAAUCUAUUUGACUAAUGACCAGUCAAAAUCCCAGCUUAUGGUUCACGAUGUUUAUUUAGUUCGUCAAUUUCAUCCUGAAGUGAUGAAACAUCUCUACCUUCAUAAAAGGAAAGAUAUAACAUAUCUACCGUCAAAAGAAAAGAUGAAACAUCUCCCCAGAUCAUAACCAUUGCCUAAAUAUAUUGAUAAUUCUAUAGCCACUGAAACACUCCUUUAUAUGAUGAGCAAUAAUACACUGUAGCUUCCUUCACUGAACCAAACACGUGGAACAUUUAUCCGAGAGUCCGGGGGACCAAUGAAAAUAUCUGGAAACAGAGAACUCUUGCCAUACUAAUCACAGAAUAUCUUGACAAUUAAGACUGUCUAAUUAGUGAUCAGUAUCCAGUCUAAUUACUAUUAUGAAAGUGAUGUGAAAAUAUGUUUGAGUAUCUGGGAAGUCGGCAGGUGUUUGAAUAUCAAAAUAGGAAAGUACAGCUCCAUUAUUGUGUCGAUAUGAAACUUAUGUAAGUUUUAGGUGUUAGAAUGAUAUAUGUACUUCUACAACAAUGAGGUCGAGGAAAGAGAGUCGUGGAACCUCAA